AUGGCUGAUGUAUCGGAAACAGACCCAUAUGCAGGACUUCAGUCCUCGGAGGAGGACGAGGAGGAAGAAGUACAACCAGAGUCUCUGGUUCAAGGACGCGCAAAGCGAAGCACCGCUGGUCUACACAUGUCCGCUUUAAUCGAUGCCGCCGCCGACGACGACCUCACUUUACUAUUCGAAGAGGUGGAAGAUGACAAUGACUUUGCAAUCGAUGAAGGGGCAGAAGAUGAUGAUAUGGCGCUGGACUCCUCAUCCGACGACGACGAUGACCAGGGACCCAAUGCAACUAACGACUUCGAAGGCGAGAAGGAACUACAAAAGACAGAACGCAAAAAGCGUCGAACACAGAAUGAUCUCCGAUUCCAAACCCUACGCAAGCGUGUCAAGAUCGAUCCAACCAUUACCACCACGAUCCCAGCACCUCCCCGCCCGAAGAAGAAGUCCGAACGGAUCUCCUGGCUCCCAACCGUGGAGGAUGGCCCGACACGUUCAUCGUCACGGCGGCAGACAAUGGUCAACAAGGAAAUGACACAUGCUCGUCUGAAGGACAGCCAGGAGAAGCGGGUCCGUAUCAUUGCGACCAUGAAGGAGGCAGAGAAACGGAAGGCCCACCUGAAGCCGAAGGCGAUGACACAGGAGGACCAUUUGGCGGUGGCUGAACGGAUUGAACGCACCAACAGCAAGAGUCUGAACAGAUGGGAACAAGCAGAAAGAAGGAAGGCGGAUGAACGACGGGCGAAAAUUGAAGCUCUUCAGAACCGUCGACUGGAUGGGCCGGUCAUAUCUUACUGGAGUGGUGUGGCUACAUGGGUGAAUGGCAACCUCACCCGAGUGGGUAAAGCAGAGAUCAAAAUCAAGGAGAAAGACGCGCCCAAGAAGAAAAAGUCAGAAAGGGAGGAGAAACCAUCGCAACCCCAGGGCAGCAGUGUCCCAGGUGCUCCAGUGAUUGUGCCUCCCACCGACCCCUCUAUUACUCCUACUGCUGCUGCUGUCCUUCCUGCUCAACCAACAAAUACAUUAUCUCAGCCUGACAGCACGUUACCUCCGACGGCGCUUGAGGGCACUACGGUCCCGGGAGCCACUAUAGCCUCAGAAUCUGUUGACCAGGCCAUACCAGGCGACAAAUCCCUGGAACAAAUUGCUCCCAAGCAGCCAACUGUUCCAACAGCAUCUCUCGCUGUCAAUCAAGAAGAGAAGAAUGCAGAUAAAAAACCGGAGUCAGAGCAGAAAGAGGGGGAUGCCAAAACACUUUCAGACCCCCCGCGCAAAUCUCCACAAGGGUACCCCCUACCUAUCGUGGAGAUCGUGACUCGACGUGACCCUGCUACUAUAAAUCCCGUGGCCUCAUCAUCUGAUAAACCGGCAAAGUUGCCUUCUACGAAUGACGCCGAUGCCAUGGAUAUAGAUAAGCCUGAGCCCAAGGCGGGCGAGCCAAUGACCACAAAUGCCAACCCUCCCACGAGCACAGAUACACCAACUUCAGAAGCUGCCGCCCAUGCCAAUCUUCCUAGUGCGUCAGAGCUCUUGUCGGAACAGGUUACUCUCCCGGCCACAUCUGUGACCCCGCCAUUGGCCCCUCAAAUUCCUCAAACCCCUCAAGUCCCGGCUGAUGCAGCAGCCCUGGCCGCGCCACCCGAGAUUAAUGCGAUCGAAGGCCCAAGUGUCCCUGAAUUAGGCCCAAUUCAACCGCCUGCAAUUAAUGAAACACCAGCCCAACCCGAGAUCCCGUUACCCCCUCCAAUCAUCGAGCACACGGGGCGGAAUCUGACGAUCCUCGAGAACUUUGAUGACAAGACCGCACACAGCAAGAAGUAUAGCAUCUACUUUAACGCCAGGCGGCCUGCGCGAUUGGCCAAAAUCUCGUCCUCAUUGUGUGUUAUCACCUCAUUACCCUCUCGUUAUCGUGACCCUGAUACAUCUCUUCCCUAUGCCAAUUCCUUUGCAUACGGACAAAUUCGAAAUCUUAUAUCGAAAGGCUACGUCUGGAGUGGCAUGUUAGGUUGUUUCGUAGGACCAACCGAUACUGCCGCACGAGGUGUGCCCGCCCGAUUCCUGGGUAAGGAGAAGGGUGCCGACGAAUAUGAGCAAACCCCGACCGAGUCUACGGACAAGGCGGAACCAGCAAAGGCCACAGCCGAACCGAUGGAUAUUGAUCGGUGA